CAAAUAAUAUUGCAAUUAGAUGCCACAAGAUACAAGUGUUUCUCUCUAUACUAACGAAAUUCAAUUGGUUAAUAUGACUAAGAAUUUACAAUUAACAUGUGAACAAAAGUUGCAGGUGGAGGUAUAGAUCAUGUACAUUUGAGGUGGAGGUAUAGAUUUUAAAUAUUCAUGAAUCAUGUAAAUUCGUUUUAUAUGUGUGUGUGUGUGUGUGUAAAGUUAAAAGUGGUGAUUGAAUGAUUUACAGUUCACGUUGUUUCUCACUCUUUGUAGUUCUCGAGUCACGUGAACAUAGAUAAGAUAAUCCAAGCAUUGAAAUCCUACCACCAAAAUCCAAUUGGCGUAUUUCAAUAGAUCCUGGGCGAUGGUUGGUCCGCGGCCGUUGAUUGUCCGUCUCCGGCUCAAUUCUUAUCCUUAAUUAUUUCAUCAUUCAACGCCUCUGAUCGCUCUUCGAUUCGGAUGACUGUUUGAAAUUCCUGGUGCUUACUGCUUUGUCCCUUCUUAACUUGUUCACAUCAACUCUCAACCUUUCUUCCAACAUGAUUAACUGCUCCAAAAGUCCCCUACCUUUCUCCUAAUUUUUUCCCUCUCUCUCCCCGGAUUUUGUCUAUUCUCUGCCAAAACUUUUCCAAAAAGGCGAUUUCAAUUCUCUCAAUCCCUCUUCUCCAUCACAUGAUUCUCCUCUCCGUUUUCUCCUCGUCAUGCUUCAAAGCUUACUCCCUCGAUCUCCCAUAAGCUCUAUCCACGAUUCCAAUUCGAGUUUCGGCAUGAAAACCAAGCGUGUUGACCGCGAAUUCGUCGCCGGCGAGUCCUCAGGCGACCGCGAGGAAUAUCCCUUCCGCAAGAGGCCGUACGCUAACCGGAACUUUCCCGGCGAGGCAGCGGUUUCCGUCGAGAAUAUGACCAAGCAUGAGGAACUGGAAGGACCCGCGGCCGUAGACGGCAGCGAGUACACGGGUCUGCGGCUCCUGGGACUCCUGCUACAAUGCGCCGAGUGCGUAGACAUGGACCAUUUGGACGACGCCAGCGAUCUCCUCCCCGAAAUUACCGAACUGUCCUCGCCUUUCGGGACGUCUCCCGAGCGAGUGGCUACGUACUUCGCCCACGCGCUCCAGGCGCGUGUCAUCAGCUCCUGCCUCGACACCUACUCGCCUCUUACCAUCAAAAUCCUGGCCCGAGAUCAGACCCAACGGAUCUGCACCGCCUUGCAAUCGUACAAUUCCAUCAGUCCCUUGAUCAAGUUCUCCCACUUCACCGCCAACCAAGCCAUAUUCCAAGCACUGGACGGCGCAGAUCGCAUCCACGUCAUCGACCUGGACAUCAUGCAGGGCCUUCAAUGGCCAGGAUUUUUCCAUAUCCUGGCCAACAGAUCCAUGAAGACCCUAUCCGUGAGGAUCACCGGACUCGGAUCCUCGCUCGAGUUGCUGGAGGCCACCGGUCGCCGACUCGCCGAUUUCGCGACUUCACUGGGCCUGCCGUUCGAAUUCACCCCCCUGGAAGGGAAGGUCGGGAACAUAAGCGAUCUGAGUCAACUCGGGCUGAGGGAUAGGGAGGCUACGGUGGUGCACUGGAUGCACCACUGUUUGUACGACAUAACGGGGGACGAUUAUCGGACGUUGAACGUGUUGAGUUUGAUGAGGCCGAAACUGAUCACGAUCGUAGAGCAAGAUCUGAGUCACGGGGGUAGCUUUCUAGCGAGGUUCGUGGAGGCGCUUCACUAUUACUCGGCGCUGUUCGACGCGCUGGGGGACGGAUUGGGUGAGGAUAGCGUAGAGAGACAUGUGGUGGAGCAGCAGGUGUUUGGGUACGAAAUAAGGAACAUACUGGCGGUGGGUGGACCGAAGAGGACGGGAGAGGGGAAGGUGGAGAGAUGGGGGGAUGAGCUGAGGAGGGUGGGGUUCCGGCCGGUGUCUCUUGGCGGGAGCCCGGCGGCGCAGGCCACGUUGCUGCUGGGAAUGUUUCCUUGGAAGGGAUACACACUGGUUGAAGACAACGGGUGUCUGAGAUUGGGUUGGAAGGACCUAUCGUUGCUGACGGCGUCGGCCUGGCAGCCGUCGGAUUGAAUUACUCGAUUUCAUGAUUGGGAUGAUAUUGAUAUUGAUAUUGAUAUUGAUAUGGUCCAAGUUCAAGUUCUUUUUCUCUUUUUCAAGUUUCAAAUAAUGAAUGAAUGAAUGAGAAAGGGAGAUUUAGUGUAUCUUGCUUUUGUACUGGGGCAUGCAGAUUACUUUUUGUUCACUUUGCGCUGUAAUUCUUUCAAGGGACUACGUGCAUUUAACUAUUUAA